UACACCUAAAUACGUUUCAUUUCCUUCACAUUCACCAUGGAUGCAGUUGAGCGGGCCAAUGUAGAGCGCCAAAAGCGAUGGGUCAAGGACCAGAAGGUCGGAGAGGGAACGUACGCCGUAGUAUACAGAGGGAGAGAAGCCUCGACUGGACGCAAAGUCGCCAUAAAGAAAAUCAAAGUUGGUCAAUUCAAAGAUGGUCUCGACAUGUCUGCGGUUCGGGAGGUCAAAUAUCUGCGAGAGCUAAAGCACCAGAAUGUCAUCGAGCUACUAGACGUAUUCUCGUCCAAGACGAAUCUGAACCUUGUCCUAGAGUUCCUUGAUUCAGACCUAGAAAUGAUAAUAAAGGAUCGGUCUCUCGUCUUUCUCCCUGCAGAUAUCAAGAGUUGGAUGGCCAUGACUUUUCGGGGGCUCGAGUUUUGCCAUAGAAAUUUCGUCUUGCAUCGUGAUCUCAAACCUAACAAUUUGCUCAUUGCAUCUGAUGGUCAACUAAAAAUCGCCGAUUUUGGUCUAGCCAGAGACUUUGCUGAUCCUGGAUACAAAAUGACAUGUCAGGUCAUCACGCGGUGGUACCGACCUCCAGAGCUUCUGUUCGGUUGUCGCUACUAUAGCACCGCAGUAGACAUCUGGUCUGUUGGUUGUAUAUUCGCCGAACUAAUGCUCCGAACACCCUACCUCGCCGGCGAGAGUGACAUGGACCAGCUAAAGACCAUCUUCCGUGCACUAGGCACACCGACGGAACAAGACUGGCCUGGCCAUACGAAGCUACCAGACUAUGUUACUGUCGGUCAGUUCCCAAAGACACCACUCCGCGACUUGUUUACUGCGGCAAGUCCCGACGCGCUGAAUUUGUUGAGCAAAUGUCUUAUAUAUGAGCCACGGAGACGUAUCAGUGCCAAAGAUGCUUUACACCACCAGUACUUCUUUGCCCAACCGUACCCCUCACAUCCUUCGAAGCUACCAAAGUGUGCCUCACAGCUAGCCGCCUCUCGACCGCUCGAAGAGGUUGAUGCCAAUGUUGACAUGGACUCCACUGUUUCCAGUGGCAAGAGUGGCUUGACGAAAGCAAGGCCAAAACGUAAACUCAACUCUCCUUACGACGACUCCAAGAGUAGGUCCAUUGCUCGACGCUUAGAUUUCACAAAGCCGAUAUCAGGCUCAUAGUCAGACGCGUAAAAGAGAAAACUGUCCGCCCAACACCCCAUGUUCAUUCUUCUGUAACUACUGUAGCUACGAUUGUGUAAGAUAUACAAC